AUGGCCAAGUUCGUCCUGAAUCAGAACCGGCCGGACCUGGGCGGCCAUCGCCUGUGCCCGGGCUCCGCCGGAGGUGACCGCAGCCCGAGUUCACCUUACUCGGUGGAGACGCCUUACGGAUUCCACUUGGACCUGGACUUUCUCAAGUACGUGGAAGAGUUGGAGCGCGGCCCCACCGCCCACCGCAUCCCGGGACCCCCACCGGCGCGCCGCCCCCGGGCGCCCCGAGCUGGCCUGACAGGUGUGCGCAGUCCUGGAGCCUGGACGUCCAGUGAGUCCCUGGCCAGUGAUGACGGCAGUGUGCCAGGCUCCACUCCUGGGCUCCUAAUGCUGCCACUGUCACCGCGUGUACCCGCGCGCAACCCGCGCGUCGAACACACACUCUUGGAAACUAGCCGCCGGCUAGAGCUGGCGCAGGCGCAAGAGCGCGCGCCCAGUCCCGCCCGCGCGGGGGUCUCACGUAGCCCACGAGGGUCUGGCCGCAGCAGCCCCGCCCCAGGCCCUGGCCUCAACCCCGCCCCCGCCUCGCCCGGGCCAGCGCAACUGCAGCUGGUGCGCGAGCAGAUGGCCGCGGCGCUGAGACGCCUACGCGAGCUCGAGGAGCAGGCCCGCGCUCUGCCGGAGCUGCAGGAGCAAGUGCGCGUGCUUCGCGCAGAAAAGGCGCAGCUGCUGGCGGGGCGCGCGAAGCAAGAGCCUGACGGCGAGGCCGAGGCGCGCCCGGCCAAGUUGGCCCAACUGCGCCGGCUCACCGAGCGCCUGGCCACCUCCGAGCGGGGCGUCCGUGCCAGGGCCACUCCCCGGGCUGACAGCCCCGACGGCUCCAUAGCCAGGCGCCGCGAGGAUGCGCCCCCGGUCCUGGUAGGGGUUCCUCGCCCCCAGGAAGAGGGCGCCGGGAUUGUGCCUGAGACCCGGGAGGCCAGCGUGGAGGCCGCUCUGGAAACCCUAGAGGCCCGCGUGCAGGCGGCUCCGGAAAUCCGAGAAGCCAGCACGCAGGCAGCCCCUGAGACCGUCGAGGCGGACGCCUGGGUGACAGAGGCGCUGCUCGGGCUCCCUGAAGCCGCUGAGCGCGAGCUCGAGCUGCUGCGCGCGGGUCUGGAGCACCAGCGCGGGGUGAGCGAGCUGCUGCGCGGCCGGCUGCGAGAGCUGGAGGAGGCGCGCGAGGCUGCCGAGGAGGCCGAGGCCCGGGCCCAGCCGUGCGAAGCCGCCACCCAGACCCUAUGGAAAUGCGCGGAGGCGGCCACGCAGACCGAGGGCCCUUUGGAUACACCCUCCCUGACGCCGGAGACCCCGCCCCGGCCAGCGGAGGGCCCACCAGCCGUGGCCCCCACGGGUGUCCUCAAAUCAAUCAUGAAGAAAAGAGACGGCGCAUCGAGCGCCCAGCCCAGCCCUGGCCCCAAGAGUCUGCAGUUUGUUGGGGUCCUCAACGGAGAGUACGAGAGCUCGUCCAGUGAGGACGCCAGCGACUGCGACAGCGAGGACGGCGCUGCCGAGCUCCCGCAGAGCAGCUCCUCGGGCUCCGGGGACGACAGCGGCGGGGGAUCUGAUUCGGGCUUGCCGGGCCCUCCUAGCGGCGAGGAUGGCCAGGACUCCGAGGAGGCCGAGGCGCAGGCGGAGGCGGAGGCGGAGGCUCAGCCCGGGACAGAGGAGAGGUGCGAGCUGAGCCCGCGCUUGAGGGAGGCGUGCGCCGCGCUGCACCGACAGCUGAGCCGGCCCCGCGGCGUGGCCCGCGACGGCAGUGCCGCGCGCCUGGUGUCCCAGGAGUGGUUUCGGGUUUCGAGCCAGCGGCGCUCGCGGGCAGCACCUGUGGCCGCGGUGUUGGGUGCCAUGGCGCACCUCGGACCCGAGUUGCUGGCGCACAUAGUGAAUCUGGCCGACGGCAACGGGAACACGGCCCUGCACUACAGCGUGUCCCACGGGAACCUGGCCAUUGCCAGUCUGCUGCUGGAUACGGGUGUCUGUGACGUAGACCGUCAAAACCGAGCUGGCUACUCAGCCCCCAUGCUGGCUGCACUGACCUCUGUGGGGCGGGGUGAGGAGGACAUGCAAGUCAUCCAGAGGCUGUUCCACAUGGGAAACGUCAAUGCCAAAGCCAGCCAGACGGGGCAGACAGCCCUCAUGCUAGCCAUCAGCCAUGGGCGUCAAGACAUGGUGGCAGCCCUGCUGGCAUGUGGGGCCGAUGUGAAUGCACAGGAUGCCGACGGGGCCACCGCGCUGAUGUGUGCCAGCGAGUAUGGACGCCUGGACACGGUCCGCCUGCUGCUGGCCCAGCCAGGCUGUGACCCUGCCAUCCUGGACCAUGAGGGCACCAGUGCCCUGGCCAUUGCCCUGGAGGCUGAGCAAGAGGAGGUGGCUGCACUGCUACAUGCCCAUCUGAGCUCAGGCCAGCCUGGGUCCCCGUUGCCCCCUGACUCCACCAUCGCCAUGGAAGAAGGAUGCAGAGACAGUGGAGAGGAACUCCCAUCUCCAUGA